UUCUGUUGAUUCUAGACGCCCAGAAAGGCGCCCCCCCCAACAGAAUUCAGAGAGAAAAUUUUGUUGGAGCUAUAGGCUGUUGUCAACCUAUGUCACUAAGAUGCGCUAUUUAUUGGAACUGAAAGAAGAUGAUGAUGCAUGUCAGAGAGCCCAGCAGACAGGAGCAUUUUACCUCUUUCACAACCUCGCUCCUUUGCUUCAGAAAUCUGAACACAAAUACCAGGUGCCGCGCCAUAGCCUCGUGGAGUUGAAAAGCCUCUUAAGUAAGUUUGGACAGGAUGCACAGAGAAUAGAAGAUUCUGUAUUGAUUGGAUGCUCCGAACAGCAUGAAGCAUGGUUUGCUCUGGAUCUAGUUCUAAACAGCUCCUCUUCCUUAAAUGCUUCCUUGCAGAAAUCUGAAAUGGAGACUGAGCUACAGGGCUCCUUCACAGACCUGAGAAAGGCUCUCUUUCAGCUGAACGUGAAGGAUGCCUCCUUGCUAUCCACGGCUCAGGCCCUUCUGCGUUGGCAUGAUGCUCAUCAGUUCUGCAGCAGAAGUGGGCAUCCCACCAAGAAGAACAUGGCAGGCAGCAAACGUGCAUGCCCUUCCAGCAACAUCAUCUAUUACCCACAGAUGGCUCCGGUGGUGAUCACGCUGCUGUCAGAUGGGACCCGAUGCCUGCUUGCCCGCCAGAGUUCCUUCCCCAAGGGAAUGUAUUCUGCCUUGGCAGGCUUCUGUGAUAUGGGUGAAAGUGUGGAGGAGACGGUGCGGCGGGAAGUGGCAGAGGAAGUGGGACUGGAGGUGGAGAGACUGCGCUACACUGCCUCCCAGCACUGGCCCUUUCCCAACAGCUCCCUGAUGAUCGGCUGCCAUGCAACUGUGAGGCCCGGGCACACAGAGAUCCGGGUGAACUCGAGGGAACUAGAGGCAGCUGCCUGGUUCAGUCAUGAAGAAGUGGCCGCAGCUCUAAGGAGAAACAACCGAACUACUCAGCAACAGAGUGGGGGGUUAUCAUUCUGGCUGCCCCCCAAGUUAGCCAUCGCCCACCAUUUGAUUAAGGAGUGGGUGGAAAAUACAGUGUGUUUGCCUGCUUAGCUCAGAUUAAGCUGCACAGCUUCUGCCUCAAUACCCCAGAGGGGCCAAAGCCAUAGUACAGUGGGGAGAGCGCUUGCCUUGACCCCAGUUCAAUCCCCAGCAUCCCAUGUGGUCCUCUGAGCAAUGCCAGGAAUAAUUCUUGAGUGCAGAGCCACAGCCAGGAAUAACCCCUGAGCAUCAACAAAUACCCCUCUUCACUCCCCCCACCCCCCACCACCAAAAAUAAAUAAAUCCCAGAGAGGUGCACCUGAGAUCAGCUGAUCCAGUGAAGGCAAGGAGGGCGAAUCCUACCCCAAACUCCUCCAAGGCAGAGCAAGUGAGGGUGAGACACCUCUACCAGGGUUCAUGGAAGAAGCUCCCAUCAGGCAAUCAAAAUGCCAUGCAAAGUUGCAGAGAUGACAACUGUCAAAAUCAGACGAAAGCCUGAAUCAUUCGUUGGAUAUAAAUAUAGGCCCUUGUUACCCACCCUCUCCUGGGGCCUUUGAAUCUUUCUGAAACCUGACUCAUUGGUGGUGGGUGCACACUUGUACCCAGUAGGAUUGACUAUAUAUAUAACUUAGUAUUAAGAAUAUACAGCACAUUGCAACCCAUUACUGAGUUACUUUUUCUUGUCACAGAAUUUAAAAAUAGUACUUCAUAUUUAAAAAUUCAACACUCAGGUACCAGGUACCAGGCAGUUACAUAAGACAGAUUCUGAGUCAUCUGAAGGGAUGAGCAGAGUCUUCUUCCUCAGACGAGUAUUAAAAUAAGGUGCAGUGGUCCGCUAAGGUGGUUGCAUCUCCCACUGGUCAUUUUUUACCCAUCACUUGUUGAUUUUGUGGCCCAGAGGAAAAAAAACGCCAAUUUUCCUACAUGUAUAACAGUUGCUGCCAUUUGCACACUCAAGUGUUGUGACCAGCUUAGGGGUCGUGAAGAUGGAACCCUUUCUUGAGGUUUAUGGGAUAAUCUAAAACUAGGAUUUCUACGUGCCAUUCAUUAUUUAUU